AUGCUUUCUGAGCUGCGUUUUCAAGAUCUGGGCGAUUCACUUCCGCAGACAUACAAUGGGGAGGUGACGUCGGUGCUGACCACCGAUAGCCCAUUUGCGGAAGCCGUUUCGACCUCUGCGAUCAAACAAAAUGAUGUCUGGAGCGGCAACAUGUUCUCUCUUCCCGACCUGGGCACCGACCUGCAAAGCGAACUCAAUUUGCACAACCUCGACAAAAGCAACACUAACAACAACAACGGCGAUUUUCAAGCUGCUCCCUCCCAUACCUCAAUCUUGAUGCAAAUGACGUCCAAAGAUGAGCAACUGACAAGCCUAACAACGGACUCUAAAACAACCAUUGCACCCACACCAAGCAUGCAUCAUUUCUCUACUGCCUCCGCUGCCGCGCUGUCGAACAUGUCCUCCGCAAAAAAUAGCACCCCAACCCCUCCCGUGGCGUGUCCCAUGGUAUAUACUCCACAGACCACUCAACUCAGCAUAUCCUCGCUUAUGUCUGUCGGGAACACGACGAUGCCGCCUAAUGGCAACACAAAUACUAACUGUGUGGCAUACCAGCAGGCGUCUUCAGUUGCAGCAGUGCCAAAUAAUCUUCCCGCCUUUUUUACAGCUGCUCAAAACGGCGGUAAUGUCAUGAUGUUUGCGCCAGGUAGCUCACCGCAAACUUUGUGCAUUCCCACCACAGGACCCGCCAUGAUCCCUUACUACGUGUUUGCACCACCGCAGCAUGGAUUUGACGUGAACGCGACAAUGACGUGCUCUUCGUUGCCUACAGCGCCUCAACAAAUGACACCAGUAAUGUGCGGCGCAUGGCCUCCAAAUGCAAAUUCCGUGGUAGGGACUAGAACGCCAACCCCGGUCAACAUGCCUUCGAAUACACCUGGUAUGCCGUCGCCAUUUGAAGCAACAAUCAACGCUGCUGCUCCUCACUCUAUUCCGCUUGGCUUUGCGGCGGCAGAGGGAAACCAGCGCUCUCCAAGUAUCUCUUCACUUGUUCAGACUGGCGGUGAAGGCUCCGGUGCCUCAAAGGCUUCUUUAAGGGGCAACCCGCCAAGUUACGAUUCAAUUCGACUUCAGCUGGCAAAGCGUCGCCAGCCACCGGGACGGCAGCGCUCUGGCACAAACGUUCAUGGAAGCCUUCAAGGGAUUUGUGCUUACUACUCUUACAAUCUUUCUGCAGCACUCAAGCAAUACGAGCAACCUGAUUCCCAUGUCGCAAAGACUGUAGAGCAGGUUCUGCCCGUGUUUAUUCAAAUGUUUCCUUGUGAAUUGAGGGAUCGCACCAUUAUUGUCCUAAAUCGCGUGGUUGAGGCAACAUGUGGUCCUGACAUUGCCACUGUAGUGGCUAUUGAGCCGCGCUCCGAGACGUCGUUUAUCACGCUUAUUCGCACAAAUAAUGUUUGGCAGCUGAUCCACAAACUGCGUUGUCGUGUGCUGAUGGACCGUCAUGGUUUUUGGUACGCCGAGAACAUGGAACAGUACUUGCGGCUCAAGGAAUAUUGCGAGAGUGUGAGACGGCUGCCGCAGCAGAUGCGCCACUUCCAGACUGACGGGUUGCCGUGCAUGCCGCUGGUGGUGGAGCUCUCGCGAAGUGUGAACGCGGCGUCCGUGACGUCUCCCCCUGCCCCUGCCGCCGUUUGA